AACUGUAAAAUUUACAGUAAAUAUCCAUGACGCCGUUGCAGUUGUAGGCGAAACAGCUGCGUUUAGCAAACAAACAGAUACAUAAACCCCCCCCGCCCGGAGAGCCAAAGCACCACCACUACUUCCACCACCUCUACGAAAAACCCCACCACCGCCAACAAAAACAACUACAGAAGCAGGGCGCACAUCUGUAACUGAAGGAAAACCUACCCAAUAAAUAGUAGUAGUAUUAAAUAUUGCCGCCAACAAAAUUGUUUAUACUGGCAGCAUGGCACUGGACUUUGUGGCCACAUAUAAGAUAUUGGUGCUAGGGGACUCGAAUGUAGGCAAGACCUGCAUUGUGCACAGAUACUGCGAUGAGAAAUACUACGACACAUACAUCUCCACCAUUGGCAUAGACUUUAAGCAGAAACUGAUUAAUCUCGAUGGGGUGCCCAUAAAACUACAAAUCUGGGACACGGCCGGGCAGGAGCGUUUCCGUACAUUGACGACGGCGUACUAUCGGGGCGCCAUGGGCAUACUACUCAUGUACGAUGUAACCAAUCUGGAGAGCUACAACAAUUUGUCCUACUGGUUGCGCAACAUCCAGGAGAAUGCCUCGCCCGAUGUGGUAAAGGUGCUGGCGGGCAACAAAUGCGAAUGCUCCACCACACAAAGGAUGGUCGACAAGGACAGGGGUGAAAAGAUUGCCGAGAACUUUGACAUGCCCUUCUUUGAGGUCUCGUGCAAAUCGAACAUCAACAUUGAGGAUGCGUUUCUGUCGCUGGCCCGCAAAAUACGUGAGCAACGAGAGCGAAGGGGCGACAAUUUUGACAACGAGGAGAACAAAGACAAGAAAUCCCCUGGAUCGAAUGGCCUCGGCACCUUCAGCCUCGGCAGUCUGUCCGGCGAGAAUCGCUGCACCUGCUAGAUGAUAGAUGAUACACGAGAUGCGAUUGCAACCGCAAACCGAAUACCGAAAACCUGAGAAAAAAGUUGUCCAAAGCUGUUGAAGCUGCAUUGUAGCCGAAGUUCGUGCAUACCCAAUGCCAAGAAAUUACAAGAAACCAAAGCGCGAGAUGAACAUUUUAAAUGCAAACAAUAGGGUCGAUGGGAGGCAGAGGAUGCCUGUGCCAGAUUACAUUCGAUAUAUGUAUGGAUCAUACAGAUUGUGCAUUUUAAGGGUACAGAUAGUAUAGUCCAAAAACCUAGCAUAAAUAUUUUAGCAUAUUCCUGCAACUACCAUAGCUCGGUCGAUUAAACAUGCAUAUUGUCUCGAUUCCAAUAAUUAUAAUCUAAUGCUAAAAAUACAUUUAUACUCGUAAGAAACGAAA